AUGUCGAAAGCUCUCCAAGGUCGUGUCUUCGACCUGUGGCGCCACUUCCAAGCACUCCCAACUGGAUUGCAACGAGAAGUGACGCUGAUCCAGGACCAUUUACUAUCACCUGACGUCAACAAGCAGCUUUUUACGUCAAAAUCGUCCAUUUCUGGCUUCCCACAAGUCUCUGGCGACGUUCUUUUACGUUUUAUUACUCAAAAAUUAGAGCAAAACUCUGAUUCUAAUGAUUCUACAAGCUACGCUGCAAAAGUGGUCGAUGGUUUAGUACAAAGCGGUUUUAUAACGCCUAAAACGGACACGAACGAUCUAAAACACUUUGAUUUUUACACCAAAAAUGCAGAAUUUCUGGGAGUUGGCAGUGGACUCGUUGACGACGAGACAAAAUCGGUCUGGAGUGUCAAAGAAGGAGCGAUACAAGCAGGAACUUUGUAUCGCAAAAAAGAGGGAUUUCUGGCGAAAUUAUUAGGUGGUCAAGAACCUUUUUACGUUGUGGCCAAUGACAAAAACAAAGCUGUGCACGUUUUCGAGUCGGACGUGGCUUUAAAGUCACUCAACGAUAUCGAUCUGGCUGUUGAUGCUACGGUGGCGUUUAGUGAUGACAUGUCAUAUGGUAUUAAGCUGUCUAACGGUACAACUACGGAGACUCUUGCUGCUGAGAGUAAGGAGAAGCAGGAGGAAUGGCUCAAUGCAUUCAUUAACGCUGGUGCACAGUACCGAGAGGCGUUUAACAUGGAAGACACGGCCAAGAUCAAGUCGUUCUAUGAGCUGAAAGACUUUGACAUGGCCCGCAACGAAGUGUCAAUGGCCAAGUACAAGGGCAAAGUGGUGCUAGCCGUGAACGUAUCGAGCAAGUGCGGUCUGACGUCCAAGAACUACCCGGAGCUGCAACAGCUGUAUGCAAAGUACAAGGACGAGGGUCUGGAGGUCCUGGCGUUCCCAUGCAAUCAGUUUGCUGGUCAGGAGCCGGGCACACACGAAGAGAUUAUGGAGUUCGUGAAGCAGUACAAUGUGACGUUCCCGUUUUUCGAGAAGCAUGACGUGAAUGGCGCAACGGCUCGUCCGGUGUUCACGUACCUCAAGGCAAAGCUGCCUGGGACGUUCGGGAACUACAUCAAGUGGAACUUCACCAAGUUUUUGGUAGACCGCAAUGGUCAGCCGUUCAAGCGUUUUGCACCAAAGGACCGUCCACUGUCAUUUGAAGAGGAUAUCAAUACGCUGUUGGCUCAAAAGGCCUCGAAGGAGUGA